AUGGAGUGUAGAGGUAGACAGAUGGAGAUUACCAGUAACAAUAUUCUAUUUAUGUGUCAUAAUGGUCACCUAAAAACCCUGAUCUAUGUGCAUACGUCGCCUGACCGAUUUCUCGAUAGAAAAGAACUUCGACGCUAUCUCCACAGGCCACCGGAAACAGCUGUGGUAUUCAUGCUAGGAAAAAGCAAGAACAAAAGUCUUGCCCAUCUGGUUUUUCAAGAAGCGGAACAGUUCGAAGAUAUGGUGAUAUUUGACGCGUUCGUCGACUCCUAUCGCAAUCUGACCCCCAAAUCUGUUCAUUCUAUUCGAUGGAUUCAGAAUGAGUGCGGAGCCAACCCAAUGCUGCGAAAUAUUGUCAAACUGGAUGACGACGUUUGGGUCAAUUUUCCGAUGCUGAAGAGUUAUCUACAUCUCGAGAUUCCUAAACGUCCGUAUCGUAUCCACUGUUUAGUAUGGCGCCGUGUUCGUGUGGCACGCCGUCCUAGAUCGAAAUGGUUUGUUUCAAAGGUCGAGUACGGUUUGCCUUACAAUCCGCCAUAUUGUGGUGGCCUCGCGUACAUCCUUCCCAAACAGCUUCUUACGGUCCUGGUUAAUGCUUCCUACAAAGUACCGUUUUUUUGGGUUGAUGAUAUCUAUGUUACGGGACUACUUGCCCGAGAAGCCCACCUUGAUCACGCACAGAUCAGGACGUAUUAUGCGUUUCAAGUAAACCAAAACAUUAAUCUGACAGCGGAUUGGGAAGAGACGAUAAUGAACGCGUUUGGCGCCACGAAAAUUAUGUUUUCCCAUAUGGACACGCCGUUUCUACGAAGCUUACGCAGCUUUCUCUUUCAGAGAAUUAACGAAACGCUAUUGAACUACACACAGUUUACUGUAUUUUGAACGGGCACUUAAUGAUUUAGUGACACAGCGUAUUGAUCAAAGGAUGACGACACC